UUGCGGUGCACGGGCUCUAGGCGCACAGCCUUCAGUAGUUACAGCGCAUGAGCUCAGUAGCUGUGGCUGGCGGGCUCUACAACACAGGCUCAGUAGUUGUGGCGCACGGGCUUAAUUGCUCUGCAGCAUGUGGGAUCUUCCCGGGCCAGGGCUUAAACCCAUGUCCCCUGCAUUGGCAGGAGGAUUCUUAACCACUGCCCCACCAGGGAAGUCCCCCAUUCAUCUGUUGAUGGACACUUCAGUUGUUUCCAUCUUUUGGCUAUUGUGAAUAAUGCACAAUCAUUUAAUUUUGCCCAUUUUUGAAUUUUAUGAGAACGGAACGGGAAAGAAUAUAUUCUUUGUUAUGUCUGGCUUUUAAAGCAUGCAUUUGGGGCUUCCCUGCUGGUGCAGUGGUUAAGAAUCGCCUGCCAAUGCAGGGGACACAGGUUUGAUCCCUGGUCUGGGAAGAUCCCACAUGUCGCGGAGCAGCUAAGCCCGAGCAUCACAAUUACUGAGUCUGUGCUCUAGAGCCCAUGAGCCACAACUACUGAGCCCACGUGCCGCAACUACUGAAGCCCACGCGCCUAGAGCCCAUGCUCCAUGAGAGAAGCCACCGCAAUGAGUAGCCUGCGCAGUGCAACGAAGAGUAGCCCCCGUUUGCCACAACUAGAGAAAGGCCACGCGUAGCAACAAAGACCCAACACAGCCAAAAAUAAAUAAAUAAAAUAAAUAAAUUUUUUUAAAAAAAUAAAAAUAAAGCAUGCAUUCAUGUUAUUUCAUAUACCUGUAGUUUAUUCAUUUUCAUAUAGAUUUCCAUUUUAGAAAUAUACCACAACUUACCCAUUCUACCGUUGAAGGAUAUUUGGAUUGCUUCCAGUUUUAGGCUAUUUCAAAUAUGCUACUAUAAAAAUGGUGCAUAUUGUAUGCAUUUUUGUUGAAUAUACAGCUAGGAGUUGAAUUGCUGGGUCAUAGAAGCUGUUCAACCUGACUAGAUAAUGCCACAGUGGUUGUACUAAUUUUUACUCCCACCAACAAGGUAUGAGUGUUUCCCUUGUUCCCUAUCCUCACCAACUCUUAAGGUUGUCUGUCUGUUUAGCCAUUCUGAUGAAUUUAUGUUGAUAUCUCAGUGCAGGUAUAAUCUGCAUCCCAUGACUCUAUGAGGUUGAACACGUUUUUAUAUGUUGAUUGGCCAUUUGGAUAUCCUCUGUCAGAUGCCUGCUCAAGUUUCUCGCAUAUUUUUCUAUUAGACUUUUCCUUAUUGGUUUGUAGUUCUUUAUUCUGGAUAUUAACUCUUUGGCAUGUAAUAUGUUGGAAAUUUGUUCACUCUCUUAAUAGUGUCUUUGAUGAAAAGAUGUUCUUAAAUUUAAUGUAAUUGUUAAUAUGUUUAGUGCUUUAUCCAUCUGUGUUUAAAAAUCUCCUACCCUCAGAUCACAAAGAUCCUCUCUUAUUCUUUUAUUUUAAUUUUUAUUUAUUUAUUUUUGGCUGCAUUGGGUUUCCGUUGCUGCGCGUGGGCUUUCUCUAGUUGUGGCGAGUGGGGGCUACCCUUCGCUGCAGUGCAUGGACUUCUCAUUAAGGUGGUUUCUGUUGUUGCGGAUCAUGGCCUCUAGGCGCAGGGGCUUCAGUAGUUGUGGCACGUGGGCUCUAGAGUGCAGACUCAGUAGUUGCGGUGCACGGGCUUAGUUGCUCCGUGGCAUGUGGGAUCUUCCCAGACCAGGGAUCGAACCUGUGUCCCCUGCAUUGGCAGGCAGAUUCCUAACCACUGCACCACCAAGCCCCAAUCCUCUCUUAUUCUAUCUUCUGAAAAGUAUUAUUGUCUGGCCUAUCUCAUUUAAGACUAGUAUCCACCAGGAGAUGAUGUUUGUUUAUACUGGAGUCAUGAUUCUUAUUUUAUUCCAUUUGGAGAUUGUUAUCCCAGCACCAUUUGUUGAAAAGACUGCUGUUUCCCCACUGCUCUGCAGAGCCACAUUCGUCAUAAAUCAAGUGUCAUAUGUGCAUGGGUUUCUUUCUGGACCCUCUGUUCUAUUAUUUGUUCAUCUUUGCACAAUACUACACAGUCUGUAGCUUUAUAACACAUUUUGAUAUCUAUAGGGCAAGUCCCUCGUUCUUUUUUAAGAGUGUCUUGACUGCUGUUUAAUGAUCAGUCACAAAUUUGUACAGAUUCUUUUAUGUAAGUACUGAAAAUAGAAGAGCCACGUCUUAAGUGUUUUCUGAACAGUUAUUACAGUGACUUUCCGGUUUAGUAGUUGACCAUGCUGUCCAGUACAGUAGCUGCCAGUCACUCGUGGGUCUCAAGCACUGGAAAUGUGGCUAGCCUGAAGUGCAAUGUCCUGGUGUAAAAAAAACACCAGAUUUCAAAGACUCAGCAUGAAAAAAAUAAUGCAAGAUAUCUCACUAAUAGUUUUUCUUUUGAUUACAUGUUGACAUGAUCUUUUGGGUAUAUUGGGUUAAAUGAAUAUAUUAUUUAAAUUAAUUUUAACUGUCUCAUUUUACUUUUUCUUAAUGAGACUACUAAAAAAUUUAAAAUUACAUACGUGGCUUGUCUCACACUAUAUUUCUUUUUAUUUAUUUAUUUACUUUUAACUUUUGGCCACACGGUGUGGCAUGUGGGAUCUUAGUUCCCCGACCAGGGAUUUAAUCUGUGCCCCCUGCAUUGGGAGCGCGGAGUAUUAACCACUGGAUCACCAGGGAAGUCCCACACACUAUAUUAUAUUUCUGUUGGACAACAUCCGGGGGGGCUGACAAGUGGCCCCCCAAAAUAUCCAGGUCCUAAUCUUUGGAACCUGUGAAUGUUACUGCAAAAGGACUUUGCAGAUGUGACUUAGGGUAUGGACCUUUAGAUGGGGUGAUUAUCUUGGAUUAUCUUGUUAGACCCUACAUGUAAUUUACAAAAGUCCUCAUAAGAAGGAGGCAGAGUGAGAUAUGACAACAGAGGAGAAGGAAUUCAACUAUGGAAGCAGAGAUUGGAGUGAUUCAUGUAGGCAGCUACCAGAAACUGGAAGAAAAAAGCAAAAGAUUCUUUCCUGGGCCCUCCAAAAGACUGCUUCAGGACCCUUGCUAACGCCUUGAUUUUAGCUCUAUAAGACUCUGGCUUCCAGACUUCUAGAAUUCUGGCCUCCGGAACUGUAAGAGAAUAACUUUCUGUUGUAAGCCACUAAAUUUGUGGUAAUUUGUAACAACAGCCAUAGGAAACUAAUACAGACAAUGUGCUUCUAAAAUUAUUUUUAAUUUUAAUAUUAUACACACCAUAUAUUCAAUAAAAAUUUCUAGGCUUUCAUAGCACAUAUCAAAGUUAUUAGGAAAAACUAGACUACACUACCAAAGAUGUCGAGGAUAGCACAUGAUUCUGAGAGGGAGAUCCAAGACCAUUGUAUAGUUGUGUGUAAGAGGCAAUUCUACUUAAUAAAAGCAUGGGCGCGCCCGGCCCCCGCCGCCGCCAUUUUGGAGCGACCGGAGCGCCGCCCACGGCCCAAGCAGGUCCCGAGCCGCCGGUCCGGAGCCGCCGGCCCGCCGCGCUGAGUCUGCGGGCACUGUGUCCGUGGGCGCAUCGCCCGGCCGGGCCCAUGUGCGCGCGGCCCACCCCAGGCCACCCGGGCUUCGCCUCCGCCCGCGCCCUGGCCUUCACCCGGGCCUCCGAGGAGCCGCCGCGACGCCUGGCCCGCGGGGCAGAUGAAGAGAUUAUAAAUCUACUGAAUGAAAAAAUUUUUCUUAAAGUUGCAUAUACUGCGAGAGAAAAUCCCAAAUGUUUUUAUAUUUUGCCUAAGUACAAAAUUUAAACAAGGAGUUUCCACAGAAGUCAGGACCUCUGAGGAGAAAGUGUGCCAGCUGCUGUUCUGGGCUCCUCAUCAGGUAGCUCAGUUCAUCCUCACAGCAGCUCUAAUGCCGAGGGUGCUCCUUGUCCCCAGUUUACAGGGCUCUGUUCAUGGAACUGCAUGAUCAAAUGGACAUUUCUCUUUGGAAGCUGCCUUCUUCUGUCUGAUGGUUAUACUAACCAGAAAAAGUAAAUGAAGAGGCAGAACUUGAAGUUCCUCUCAUUUGGCUGUUGGGUAAAAGUCUAGAAAAUGCUGCUUCCUAGCAAUCUCGGCAGCUGCUUCCCCUGCCUGAACACCUCCUUCAUGACGUGCAGAUUGUUUCGUGGAAUCUCUCCAGUCUCAUAGAAGGACAGCCACUCCUCAACUUGUUCUCGAAGCUUCUCCCCAAAUACACUCCUUUGUGGCCAUCACCAUGUUCUGGAAGUUUGACUUGAACACCACAUCCCACGUCGACAAGCUGCUGUAUGAGGAGGACGUGCUGACGCUGCGAGAGUUAAUGGACAAAGAUGACAUCUUGUAGGAGUGCAAGGCCCAGAACCGGAAGCUGCUGGACUUGUGCAGGCAGCAGAGCAUGGAGGAGUUGGUGAGCCUCGUCACACAGGAUCCGGCCCUGGACAUGGAAGAGAAGGUCCACUUCAAGUACCCAAAUACAGCCUGUGAGCUGCUGACGUGUGACUUGCCGCAGAUCAACGACGGGCUGGCAGGGGACGAGACUUUGCUCGCCAGUUUUUUCAGCAAGACCAUUGGCAGUCUCAUUGCAAGAAGAACUGAAUAGGUGAUUGUGUUCUUGAGGAAGAAGGACAAGUUCCUCAGCCUGGUAUUGAAGCACAUCGGCACCUCGGCCCUCAUGGACCUGCUGCUGCACCUGGUCAGCUGCAUAGAGCCUGCCGGGCUCCAGCAGGAGGUCCUGCACUGGCUUAAUGAAGAGAUCAUCCAGAGACUCAUGGAAUUGAUCCAUGCGAGUCAGAAUGAAGAUAGGCAGUCCAACGCCUCUCAGACGCUCUGCGACAUCGUCAGGCUGGGCAGGAAGCAGGGCAGCCAGCUGCAGGAGGCUCCGGAGCCAGACCCCCUCCUCACGGUGCUGGAGUCGCAGGACUGCAUGGAGCAGCUGCUGAAGAACAUGUUUGACGGAGCCCAGACUGAGCUCUGCCUCAUCAGUGGGACCCAGGUGUUACUGACCUUGCUUGAGCCCAGGAGGGCGGGGAUGGAGGGCUUGCUGGAUUCCUGCUCCCAGGGACUGGACAGGCUGUGUGCCAUCUGCUCUAGCGUCCUGCGUGGCAUCGAGCCAUGGCUGAAGGACUUCCACCAGCUUCUGCUCAGCCCGCCAAAGGAAACAGUGAUCCUGACCACCAUCAGCGUGCUGGAGGAGCCCCUGGGUAAAGCCCGCCCGCACGGAGCCCCCCUCGUGGCCGCUCCACUGCACACGGACAUGCCCAGCAUCAACCAGGAGCUCUGCCAGCUCAACACCAUGGGCUUACUGCUGGACCUGUUUGUUAAGUACUCCUGGAAUAACUUCCUGCACUUCCAGGUGGAGCUGUGCAUGGCCGUCAUACUGUCCCACGCUGUCCGGGGGGACAGGGCUGUGGCCAGUGGACCUGAGGAUGGGGUGAAGCCUCCACCCUCCAUCGGGGACCUAGAGACCCCCCAGCCUGCCGCCACGCCCGAGAGCACGAGGGUGGCCCACCUGUUCCAGAAGUGUUGCCUGGUCCAGAGGAUCCUGGAGGCCUGGGAGGCCAGUGACCAUACACAGGCAGCGGGUGGUAUGAGGCACGGGAACAUGGGACACCACCGGAUCGCCAACGCGGUGGUGCAGAACCUGGAGGGGGGCCCCAUGCAGACCCAGCUCAGCGAGGUCAUCCGAGGGCUCCCCUGGGACUGCCGCGGGCUCUGGGAGAGCUUUGUGGAGGAGUCGCUGACGGAGGCCAACCGCAGGAACGCGGUGGACCUGGUUAGCACCCACCAUCUUCACCCCUCAAGUGAGGAAGAGGACGUGGAGGGUGUUUUCCCUAAUGAGCUGUCCCUUCAGCAGGCUUUCUCCGAGUACCAGGUCCAGCAGAUGACGGCCACCUUCGUGGACCAGUUUGGCUUCAGCAACGAGGAGUUUGCUGAGCAGGACAACAGCGUCAGCACCCCAUUUGACAGGAUCGUGGAGAUCAACUUCAGCGUCGACAGCCCCGGUGCCGCUCUGUUUGAGGCCUGCUGCAGUGACCACAUCCAGCCCUUCGACAAGGACGACGACCUCUGGGAGGACGAGGAGGCACAUCGUGUGGCCCAAGUGACCAGAGCCAGGUUCGGGGGCCCUCAUGCUUCAGAGGACUGCCGGAAGGACGGCCCAGAGCGCCGAGGCCAGGGCGGGGAGGAGAGCUCGGGAGCAGACGCAGACACGGCUCGGGCGGGCGCCCCUCGGGCUGCUGCCCAGAAGGAAGGUCCUCGUGUUGAGGGUGGCUCAGAAGCAGGUGACCCGUGGACGGUGUUUGAUGAGCCGGAGAAUUCUAUGGCCUCGGGCCUGGCCCCGGCAGUGGCGAUGGGCGUGGGUUCCAGUGUGGGGGCGGCCAGCUCCCCCAGUGCCUUGGCUCCAGAGGAGAAAGGCUGGGCCAAGUUCGCUGGCUUCCAGCCUUUCUGCUGCUCUGAGUCAGGGCCCAGGUGCAGCUCCCCGGUGGGCAGAGGUCAUGGCGAUGCCCAGGGUGGCCUGAACCAGGGCCCAGAGAGAAGCCUUGGCCUGGACACUCCGGGUGCCUGGAACGCAGGUGUUACCAGGAGGGUGCCCCUGGUGGCCUCCAAGAGCCGUGAGGACAAGCAGAUGGCGGCUGUUGCCUCGGAGGCUGUUAGUGUGGGUCCCGGUCGGGAGGCUGCCCCCCGCCGCCCGUGUCAGUCCCCAGAGUGGGCUGAGUGCACCGCCAGCACGCCUCCAGACCUGGCCUCCCUUGCGCCUGUGGAAGGGACCUCUGCCCCGGUCAUGGCCGUCCUUCCCGAAGCUGCCAUGGCGGCCACCACAGUACCGAGCAACGCCGGCUCCUCCCUGGUCACCCUGGCAGUCUCUCCUGUGCUGGCCGUGGCCGUCACCACUGCAGCCCCAGCUCGCCCAGCUGUCUCCACUGCUGCCGCCCUAGGGACGGUGACAAAGGACAGGCAAACUGACGGGCCGCUGCCCACAGGAGCUGCCUUAAAUGGCCUCAUGUGAUGCUGCUGAUGCCACCCAGCUUUGGCGCCCCAGCCAAGAAAACUACCUGGUGACGCAGGCAACCUUGUACAUCUGCUGUGGAUUCU